CGCGCAUUCGAAGAAUAUUCUGGACAAAUGACAAGAAUCCGUGGAAACGUCUUCCGGCUGCUUGUUGCAAGAUUUACAUUGCCUGUCAUUCAUUGUUAAAUCUGAGUAAAGCAUAUUUUUAAUGUGAAUAUUUGCAAUGCAGGCUCUCACACCUCACGUGUACUGGGCACAGCGGCAUGGGGAGAUAUACCUGCGAGUGGAGAUCAGUGAUGCACAGAAUCUCAAUAUUGGUGUAGAAGAGAACAUCCUUCACUUCAGAGGUCAAGGGCAUGGAGCGAAGGGAGAAAAUGAAUACGAAUUCAGCUUGGAAUUCCUAAAACCGGUUAAGCCUGAGGUGAAGCACAAAUCCACCCAGCGGCAGGUGAAUAUCACGGUAAAGAAGCAGGAACACGUCUGGUGGGACCGGCUCACUAAGCAGGAGAGGAAGCCUCUGUUUCUAGCACCCGAUUUUGACCGCUGGCUGGAUGAGUCAGAUGCAGAAAUGGAGCUCAGAGAGAAGGAAGAGAAAAUAAACAAAGUCAGCAUUGAGUCAAGGGUUCGUAAGGACCCUUAUCUCGGCUUGAAAAAAGGUUUUCUUUUUAUGUACAACUUGGUCCAGUUCCUCGGUUAUUCCUGGAUCUUUGUCAACAUGACUGUACGUCUGUUCAUACUUGGGCAAGAUUCUUUCUACGAUACAUUUCAUACCAUUGCUGAUGUGAUGUACUUCUGUCAGAUGCUGGCAAUAAUGGAAGUUAUCAAUCCUGCUGUGGGGUUGGUUAAGACUGGAGUCAUACCUGCUUUCAUUCAGGUGAUGGGAAGGAACUUCAUCCUUUUUGUCAUAUUUGGUAGCUUAGAGGAUAUGCAGAACAAGCCAGUGGUCUUCUUUGUCUUCUAUCUGUGGAGUACGAUUGAGAUAUUCAGGUAUCCUUUCUACAUGCUGGCCUGCAUUGAUACUGAAUGGAAGUUGUUGACUUGGUUGAGAUACACCAUAUGGAUGCCGCUGUACCCUCUUGGAGUUCUAGCUGAAGCUGUGGCAGUUAUCCAGUCCAUCCCAAUCUUUGACGAAACCAAACUCCUCAGUAUUCCUCUGCCUAAAGCUAUCGGCAUCUCUCUCAGCUUUUCCUACAUCCUGCAGCUCUACCUGGUGCUCAUGUUUCUGGGCCUCUUCAUCAACUUCCGCCACCUCUUCAAGCAGAGAAGGAGACGGUUUCGCACAAAAAAGAGGAAAGCCAACUGAGGGGAAGAGGACGCCACAUGCUUCAUUCUCCUCCUGUAUCCCUCUUUUCUUCGAUUUCAUUUGCUGCCUCCAUUUUCUCUCUUUAUAUUUGCCCUGUAUCUCAGAGAAGUCAUUACUGAAGGCAAAACUAUCUCUCUUCUUUCAGCCACCAACUCAAGUGCAUUUACUUUCUACAUACUGAAAUAUUAAAGGUGACCAUGACUUAGCCGUAGAGGAUGUAAAUGAUUCUAAAGCACUAGAGAGGGAAACAGAUCUUAAUAAGAUAAUUCUAACCAGGACCAUGAAGGUAUUUAUACAUUUCAUCUAUAUGCAGUAUGUUUGAAGUUUAGUGGUUUGUGUGUUUGAUGUUAUAGAUUAGAUGUGUGACCGGCUUACUAGACUGUCAUUCCCUGAGAUGUGUUGUAAUAGUCAUUUCUCUGGCACAAAGUACUGCUAACAACGAGACGGACCAUGAACCUCAGGGAAAACCUUGUAAAACAUUCAAGUCACAUGGAAAGAGCCAAUUCAGUGUCAUUAGAUGUGGGAUCUGGACAUGAAUGUGUAAAUGCAACUGAAAAUAUUUAAUUAAAUUUCAGUGAAACAAAAAA